UGUGUGUGUGUGUGUCUGUCUCAGAAUGACUGAAGUCCAGCAGAUGAGUGGUUGUGUGGAGGAAGACGAGGACAGAGCAGAGUCUCCAGGACCCAGCGGUCUGUCUGUGAAGAGUGACUGUUCUAUGGGACAACCUUUAACCUUCAGUCAUGAACCUGGAGCCUCAGAGACAAAAGGUCAGAACCAGAGACAGAGAGCAGAGUCUCAAGGACCCAGCGGUCUGUCUGUGAAGAGUGACUGGUCUAUGGACCCACCUUUAUACUUUGGUCAUGAACCUGGAGCCUCAGAGACAAAAGGUCAGAACCAGAGACAGAGAGCAGAGUCUCCAGGACCCAGCGGUCUGUCUGUGAAGAGUGACCAGUCUAUGGGAAAACCUUUACACUUCAGUCAUGAACCUGGAGCCUCAGAGACAAAAGACCAGUUUGCUGUUUCUGUGGACGAGCAGAUGUCCCGCUGUCCUCUGUGUCAGGACGUCCUGAAGGAUCCAGUCUCCACCAGCUGCGGUCACUGGUUCUGCAGACGCUGCAUCUCCUCAUACUGGGACCAGUCUGGUCCACCAGGAGACUCCUGCUGUCCCCAGUGUGGGAAAAGACCCAGGACAGGACGUGGACCACAGAGCAUCUUUGCAGAUGUUGGUCUGCAGAAGGUUCUCGAUGAACAUAAGAUCAGUCUGAGGACCAGAUGUGAACAUGUGACUGAAGGAAUUGAAGGAACAAGAAGUAGAACCCUCCUGAACAGGAUCUUCACUGAGCUCUACAUCACAGAGGGACAGAGUGAAGAGGUCAAUACUCAACAUGAGGUGAUGCAGCUGGAGACGACCUCCAAGAAGAAGAUGGUCCAGGACACUCCCAUCAAGUGCUGCGACAUCUUUAAAGCCUUACCUGACCAGCAGGGGAACAUCAGAGUCGUCCUGACCAACGGCGUCGCUGGUGUUGGAAAAACCUUCUCGGUGCAGAAGUUCACUCUGGACUGGGCCGAGGGUUUGGAAAACCACGAUGUGAAUCUGCUGAUUGUGCUCUCGUUCAGGGAGCUGAACCUGAUCAGAGAUCAGCAGCACAGUCUUCUCACGCUGCUCAAUGUUUUCCAUCCAACAUUAGAGAAGGUCAGCGCAGAGAAGCUCGCUGUCUGUAAACCUUUGUUCAUCUUUGACGGCCUGGAUGAAAGCAGACUCUCACUGGACUUCAGCAGCAGGACGCUGGUUUCUGACGUCACACACAGGUCAUCAGUCAACGUGCUGCUGACCAACCUCAUCCAGGGGAAUCUGCUUCCCUCGGCUCUCGUCUGGAUAACUUCUCGACCUGCAGCGGCCAAUCAGAUCCCUCGUACAUGUGUUGACAGGGUAACAGAAGUACGAGGCUUCACUGACGACCAGAAGGACGAGUACUUCAGCAAGAGAUCCAGAACUGAAGAUCUGUCCAGCAGAAUCAUCUCACACAUCAAGACGUCCAGGAGCCUCCACAUCAUGUGUCAAGUCCCAGUCUUCUGCUGGAUCAGUGCUACAGUUCUGGAGCACAUGUUGACCACAGAGCAGAGAGGAGAGCUGCCCAAGACCCUGACAGACCUGUACUCACACUUCCUGCUGGUUCAGACCAAGAGGAAGAAGAACAAGUACGAUAAAGGACAUGAGACAAGUCCACAGGAGCUGAUGGAGGCCGACAGGGACUUUCUUCUGAAGCUGGGGAGGCUGGCCUUUGAACAUCUGCAGAAAGGAGACAUCAUGUUCUACCAAGAAGACCUGGAGCGGUGUGGUCUAAGUGUGACAGAGGCCUCGGUGUACUCAGGAGUUUGUACAGAGAUCUUCAGAAGAGAGAGCGUGAUCUUCCAGAAAUCAGUCUACUGCUUUGUUCAUCUGAGCGUUCAGGAGUUUCUGGCUGCAGUCUACAUGUUCCACUGUUUCACCAACAGGAAAACAGAGGUACUGCAGGACUUCUUCAGACAAGAAGUUAAUGAUGAUGAAGAUGAUGAUGAUGAUGAUGAUGAUGGUGGUUACACUUCUCUGGAUGUGUUCCUGAACGCAGCCAUGGAGAAAUCCCUUCAAAGUGAAAAUGGUCACCUGGACCUGUUUGUUCGCUUCCUUCAUGGACUCUGUCUGGAGUCCAACCACAGACUCUUAGGAGGUCUGCUGGGUCAGACUAAGAACAGUCCUGAAAUCAUCCAGAGGGUCAUUGAGAACCUGAAGGAGAUGAACACAGAGAACAUCUCACCUGACAGAAGCAUCAACAUCUUCCACUGUCUGACAGAGAUGAACGACCAAUCAGUGCAUCAGGAGAUCCAAGAGUUCAUGAAGUCAAAGAACAGAGAACAGGAACUCUCUGAGAUCCACUGCUCAGCUCUGGCCUACAUGCUGCAGAUGUCUGAGGAGGUUCUGGAUGAGUUGGACCUGGACAAGUACAACACAUCAGAUGAGGGGAAACAGAGACUGAUUCCAGCUGUGAGGAACUGCAGGAAGGCUCGGUUAAGUGACUGCAGAUUGACAGAGAUCAGCUGUUCUUCUCUGGUCUCAGCUCUGAAGUCCAACCCCUCACACCUGAGAGACCUGAACCUGAGCUGGAACCAGCUGCAGGAUUCAGGAGUGAAGCUGCUGUGUUCUGGACUGGAGAGUCCACAUUGUAGACUGGAGACUCUGAGGUUGAUAAACUGCAGUUUGACAGAGAUCAGCUGUUCUUCUCUGGCCUCAGCUCUGAAGUCCAACCCCUCACACCUGAGAGACCUGGACCUGAGUGAGAACCAGCUGCAGGAUUCAGGAGUGAAGCUGCUGUGUUCUGGACUGGAGAGUCCACAUUGUAGACUGGAGACUCUGAAGUUGAGUCACUGCAGAUUGACAGAGAUCAGCUGUUCUUCUCUGGUCUCAGCUCUGAAGUCUAACCCCUCACACCUGAGAGACCUGGAGCUGAGUGGGAACCAGCUGCAGGAUUCAGGAGUGAAGCUGCUGUGUUCUGGACUGGAGAGUCCACAUUGUAGACUGAAGACUCUGGGGUUGAACAGCUGCAGGUUGACAGAGAUCAGCUGUUCUUCUCUGGCCUCAGCUCUGAAGUCCAACCCCUCACACCUGAGAGACCUGGACCUGAGUGAGAACCAGCUGCAGGAUUCAGGAGUGAAGCUGCUGUGUUCUGGACUGGAGAGUCCACAUUGUAGACUGGAGACUCUGAAGUUGAGCCUCUGCAGUUUGACAGAGAUCAGCUGUUCUUCUCUGGUCUCAGCUCUGAAGUCCAACCCCUCACACCUGAGAAACCUAGACCUGAGUGAGAACCAGCUGCAGGAUUCAGGAGUGAAGCUGCUGUGUUCUGGACUGGAGAGUCCACAUUGUAGACUGGAGACUCUGGGGUUGAGUGGCUGCAGUUUGACAGAGAUCAGCUGUUCUUCUCUGGCCUCAGCUCUGAAGUCCAACCCCUCACACCUGAGAAAACUGGACCUGAGUCAGAACCAGCUGCAGGAUUCAGGAGUGAAGCUGCUGUGUUCUGGACUGGAGAGUCCACAUUGUAGACUGAAGACUCUGGAGUUGAGGGGCUGCAGUUUGACAAAGAUCAGCUGUUCUUCUCUGGUCUCAGUUCUGAAGUCCAACCCCUCACACCUGAGAGACCUGAACCUGAGUGAGAACCAGCUGCAGGAUUCAGGAGUAAAGAUGCUGUGUUCUGGACUGGAGAGUCCACAUUGUAGACUGGAGACUCUGAAGUUGAGGGGCUGCAGAUUGUCAGAGAUCAGCUGUUCUUCUCUGGUCUCAGCUCUGAAGUCCAACCCCUCACACCUGAGAGUCCUGGACCUGAGUGAGAACAAGCUGAAGGAUUCAGGAGUGAAGCUGCUGUGUUCUGGACUGGAGAGUCCACAUUGUAGACUGGAGACUCUGGGGUUGAGUCACUGCAGAUUGACAGAGAUCAGCUGUUCUUCUCUGGUCUCAGCUCUGAAGUCCAACUCCUCCCACUUGAGAGACCUGAACCUGAGCAGGAACAAGCUGCAGGAUUCAGGAGUGAAGGUGCUGUGUUCUGGACUGAAGAGUCCACUUUGCAGACUGGAGACUCUGGGGUUGAGUGGCUGCAGUUUGACAGAGAACAGCUGUUCUUCUCUGGUCUCAGCUCUGAAGUCCAACUCCUCCCACCUGAGAGAACUGGACCUGAGUGAGAACGGGCUGCAGGAUUCAGGAGUGAAGCCUCUGUCUGAUCUCGUGCAGAGUCCAGACUACAGACUGGAGACUCUGAGAAUGCAGCAGAUCAGCUGGUAUACAGCUCACCAACGUUGCUCCAGUCCCUUCACUGACUUCCUGUAGCUGCUCGCAUCCGCUUCAAGACUCUAGUGCUUGCGUUCCGUGCUACAAACGGAUCCCGUCCAGCCUACAUCCAGGACAUGAUCAAAACCUACACCCCAGCCCGCCCACUCCGCUCUGCAUCAGUAAACCGGCUCACUGCCCCCUCACUGAGAGGAUCGUAGAGGCAUUCACAGAACUCGAGACUGUUCACUGUCCUCGCUCCCAAAUGGUGGAACGAGCUCCCCAUCGACAUCCGGACAGCGGAAAGCCUCCACAUCUUCUGCUGCUGACUAAAAACACACUUCUUCCGACUCUACCUUGACUAAGACGACAAAAAAAAACUUGCUUAUACAUCGCACUUAUGACUAGAACUUCAUAGUUUGGUUUACUUGAAGCUCUUACUUACUUCUAGCUCUUGUUUGUACCCAAAUGUUUAAAUGCACUUAUUGUAAGUCGCUUUGGAUAAAAGCGUCUGCUAAAUGACAUGUAAUGUAAUGUAACUAUAUAAAAAGACACAUAUGCUUUUUUUUCUCACUGUCUGACAUGAAAUCAGACAAUCACUUUUCCUGUUUUAGGUCCGUUAGGAUUACCAAAAUUAUUUCUGUUUGCUAAAUGCCACAGAUUAUUAUGCCUUUAAACAAUUUGGGAAACCCUAAUGAAGAUGUCAUGUCUCUGGAAGCUUCUGAUUCUGGUUUAUUGACAACAUUUGAGUUCAUUAGAGACACACCUGUGGAUGUAUUUUAAGGCACACCUGAAACACACUGCUUCUGUUUGUAACAUCAUGGGAAAGUCAUAAGAAAUCAGCCAAGAUAUCAGGAAACCAUUCAGUAAUCCAUCCUUGCUCACAUGCCAACAGUGCUUUGGGACUCCCCUCUAGACCCCUGUAUUAACCCUUAGAUGCACUUCAAAAAAGUAACAUCAACACACCUAGAGCACCAUUUGGAGCUCAUAAAAGUACACAGCUACAAAAAUAGUAUACAUUUAUAUUUUUAUACAUAUAUAUAUAUAUUCUUUUAGGUUUUAGACAAACAUCUAAAUAAAUCUCUCAAGAUCUCUCAAGGAAAAUAAGGAAUGUAAACGACAGAAUGAAUCAAUCCCAAGCAUCAGAGAUAGGCCAAGCUGAGAAAACAGACAAUCAAACAGCUCUUAAUAUAUGUGACGGGUUGUAAAUAGGUUCUGUUAAAAUUCCUGCACAAAUCGGGAUAGCACCCUCUGCUGGUGUCAUUGUCACAUUAUGGCACAGUGCCAAAAGUGCUGAAUUAUGGGUAAUCCACAGCUGAAUUUGUGAUAACUGCUGCAGAUGGUGUAUAUUAUGAUCUUAAAUUCAUUAAAGCCCACCACACCACGUUUUGUUUUGCUGCAUUUCUGUUGUGAUGCAAUAAAGGAAUGAAUGGCGUUUA